AUGGCUGCCGGAAAUGCGCCCCUGGGGCUUGCGUCCCUCGUCCUCCUCGCCGGGUCGAUUGUCAUGAUCUUCUUCGUCAUCCUGGCCGGUGUCAAGGAUACCGCGCCCUUGAACAAGACCUACUUCCUCCAGGCCGACACCUCGGGCAUCAGCGGCGCCCGCGCCGUGUCCCAAUGGACCUAUUUCUACGUAUGCGGCCCUGACAACACCGACUGCAGCAAGGCCUACGCUGCGAUGCCCUUCCGCACCCCCUGGGCCGACGAUGCUUCGGGUGUGCCUGACGGGCUGAACUCGAACUACUACUACCUCAUGUGGAGGUUCGGCUGGGUCUUCUACCUCAUCGCCCUGUUCUUCGACGUCUGCGCCUUCUUCGCCGGCUUCCUGGCCUGCUGUGGCCGCCUCGGCGCUGCUCUGUCUGGACUUAUUGCCCUCACUGCGCUGGUCUUCUAUUCCGUCGCUGUCUCUCUCAUGACCGCGACCUUUGUCAAGGCCCGAAACGCGUUCAAAGACAACGGCCACGACGCCAAGAUUGGUACCUAUGCCUUCGGCUUCAGCUGGGGUGCUUGGGGUUGCAUCUUCAUCGCUGUCAUCCUCUUCUUCAUCGGUGUCCGCGGAAACCACGACGGUGGCCGACGCGGCUGGAGGAGACGCCGUAGUGUGCGCAGCCACGCCUCGUACGAUGUCGGUGGCCGCCGUGUCAAGGACGACUACUCUUAG